AUGAGCGUGAUUGACAUAUUAACUCGAGUAGACGCGAUCUGCACUAAAUAUGACAAAUACGACGUGGAAAGGCAAAAAGAUCUCAAUAUCUCCGGCGACGAUGCCUUCGCUCGCCUCUACGCCACCGUUGAUUCUGACAUUGAAGCCGCUCUUCAGAAAGCAGAGCUUGCUUCCAAGGAGAAAGGUAAGGCCUCUGCAGUUGCUAUAAACGCAGAGCUUCGUCGAACCAAGGCUAGAUUGCUUGAGGAAGUCCCUAAGUUGCAGAGAUUAGCAAUAAAGAAGGUUAAAGGGCUUUCUACAGAGGAACUUGCUGCACGAAAUGAUUUGGUCCUUGCAUUGCCAGAUAGGAUUCAAGCUAUACCAGAUGGAACUUCAGCUGCACCCAAACAAACUGGAGGUGGGCAGUUUGAUAAUGAAUACUUUCAAGAAAGUGAGACGUCUAGUCAAUUCAGGCAGGAGUACGAAAUGCGUAAAAUGAAGCAGGAUCAAGGUUUGGAUAUGAUUUCAGAAGGUUUAGACACUCUGAAGAAUGUGGCUCAUGACAUGAAUGAGGAGGUAGACAGGCAAGUCCCGUUGAUGGACGAAAUUGACACUAAGGUGGACAAGGCAUCUGCUGACCUUAAGAAUACCAAUGUUAGGCUUAAACACACUGUUAACCAGUUGAGAUCUAGUCGGAAUUUCUGUAUUGAUAUUGUUUUGUUGAUCAUAAUCCUUGGAAUAGCUGCCUACUUGUACAAGUAA